UACGUUAUUCAUGAACAACGAAAGGAAUUAAUGGAAACUGUUUCUUCGAUUUUUCACGGAAAGCUCAAUAUUCUAGUCAACAAUGCUGCGAAACCUUCAAUGAAGAAAAUAAUAGAUAAUACUGAAGAGGAUUUAACAAGUAUAGUUGGCACUAAUUUUGUGGCUGGUUACAAUUUGUGUCAACUUGGACAUCCACUUCUAAAGGAGUCUGGAUAUGGAAGCAUAGUUUUCAUUUCAUCCAUUACUGGUUUAAGAGCUAUUCCCGUUUUAUCUGUUUAUGCAUCCACACAAGGAGCGGUGAAUAUAUUCACCAAGAACUUGGCAUUAGAAUGGGCAAAGGAUAAUAUUCGUGCAAAUGUGGUUGCACCGGGACCUGUCAAGACUGAACUUUUGGGAUCAAUAAUGGAUGCGUCUGAAGGAGGUGGAGCUAUAAAUGGUAUAGUGUCUCAAAAUCCUAUGGAUCGCAUGGGAGAGACACGAGAGAUAUCAUCGUUAGUUGCUUUUCUUUGUCUUCCAGCGGCAUCAUACAUUACUGGACAUAUUAUAGCUAUUGAUGAAGGUUUCACUACUUAG